AUGUCAAGCCAAUUAUUAAGAAACAGAAAUAGUGAACCAAUUAAAAGAUCAAUCAUAUCAGAUAUCAAAGAUAAAAGAAAAUCAGAUGUCUUAAUAGCUGCAAAAUCUUUAGAUCACGAGGUCCAAAAUGUUAAAAAUUUGAAAAGAUUGUCUAUUGGAUCAAUGGAUCUUUUAAUUGAUCCAGAAUUAGAAUUCACUGUCAAUAACAAUAAAUAUGAUAUUAAUAAUGAUGCUAUCAUCACUACAACAACUACUACAACUGCUACAACUGCCACUACCAUUACUGCUAAUUGUUCAGAGUUUGAAAGUGAUGAAGAUAAUAGUAUUGAGAUCACCAGAACUGAAUAUCUUCAUCAUGAUAAUUCAUCUUCAUCUUUAGUGUUGAGCAAUAAUUUCACCAAUAGUGAUAACCAUUCCAUAUCGGUCGAUUCAGAUAAAAAUCUCAAUAGUCAAUCAGCAAAAGAUAAUAAAAUUAUAUCUAAUAGAAGAUUGAGUGGAGUCGGAUCCUUGAAAAGAGGCUCAAACAAUAUUUAUAGAAACACAAGGAAACCUUCGUCUCAAUUCCAAACACAAGACAAUGAUCUCACUGCCACCAACAACAAUAAAGAAUCUUCUGCUUCAAUUGCCACUGCAAACAAACACAUCAAGAACAAUUUGUUAUGGGUUCCCGCUAGUCAACAUCCACAUGUUAAACCACAAAAUUAUUUAGAAUUGGUUCAAGAUACUUUGCAAAAUAUUAGUUUGGAUUCUGAUAUCAUGCAAACAGCCGACUCGCUGGAGAAUUCAGAAAAUGUUAAGGAUGAUGAUAAACAAGUACAUCAAGGUACAUUGGAUGCAGAUAUAAAUAAAUCUCUAAGAAGACACAGUUCUAUAGUUAAGAGACCCUCAAUACUAAGAAGAUCUUACAAUGGUUACGAAAAUGAUAAUAAAGAAGAUGUAUCGACUUCCAACAAUAAUAAUAAUGAUAACAAUGAUAACAAUAAUAAUGCUGAUAAUAAUAAUAUAAAUCACAAUACAAACAAAAACUCAACCAUAAAUUUUGAAGGUAAAAGAUCUGUCUCAUUGAAAGAUAUAACUGAAGAAUUGACUAGGAUUUCAUACAGUGUAGGAUUAACUAAUAAUGAUGCAAUCACACUGGCCAGGACCCUAAGCAUGACAGGAUCAUACACAAAUCCUGAUCUAUCCGAUAACUCAGAUAGCCUUCAAGAUCUUCACAGUAGCCUAUCAGGCACAGAUAAUGAAAACGAAUUCGCCUCAAAUAUGUUAAUGAAAAAUGGUAUCACAAUCCCAAGCAGAUCUUCCUUAAGAAGAAGUAAAUUCAAUACUUAUAAAAUAAAAGGAGCAACUCCCUCAGGUAUAACCGAUAAAUCAUCUGCUUUGAAAUAUAGCUUAUCAGAUGAACUAUUAGAUAGGAGAAAACAAUUGCCAUUUUUAUAUUCAAACAAAAAAAGUAACACUAAUUAUACCCAUAACAACAAUAACAACAACACUAACCGUAGUAUAAGUGAACAUCACCAAUACUCUAAUAGUACAGAAUCUCCAGGUUCAAUAAGUGAUCUAUAUGAUCAUUAUAGACAUUCUAGCGGUGAUUGGGAUGUAUCUGAUACCACAUCUCAAUUACAUGAUGGGGAAUCUCAUGAAUCACAUACUUCUCAAGAUACUAGUCUCAACUCACAAGAAACAUCAAACGAUAGCGUAUUAUAUAGACCUUCCCAGGGACAACAAUUUAUAUCUGAAAGAUUUACUGAUAAUACAAAGGAACAAAUAGAAAAUGAGAGACCGUGGUCAUGGAUCGAUACAGAAUCUAGCUCGGAUAAUCUACAAAAUUUUACUGAAGAUAGAGAAUCGAUAGAAAUAGAGGGUGACAAGCUAGACAAUGAUGAUCAUCCUGAUUUUAUUAAUUUGAUGGUUGUCACCAAAAAUAAAUCUUCUGAAAAGAUUAAUCAUUCAAAAAAUCGCCAUUUACCAAUAUUUAACUUAAAUUUAUACUCUGAAAGAAAAGAGGAAACCACUAAUACAAAAUCGAAUGAUAAAACAAACACAUCCAAACAAAAAAAUAUGUCUGAUUCUAAUAAUCAUAGUGUCAAUGAACUAAUUGAUUCCAGUGAAUCACUACAAAAUAACUCGACAGCAAAUACCAUCACCACCAACAGCAACAAUAAUAUAAAUCCAAACAAAAAUGAUAAUGUAAAAAAAUCAUUACUAAAUAAUAACAAGGAUGAAAUUCCAGAAACAAGAAAAGAAACAUUAGAGGAGAAAUUUGUAAAAUUAUUUAAGAGAAGACAUCACAGUAAUAAAACCACAGGAUCCUCAAGUAUCAAAGGGUUCUCCAGUAGGUCACAGACUCAAGAAGAACUUAGAAAAAAAAUAUCUAAAUUUAGAUCAAGAAAUAAAAAAGAUCAUGUUAAUAACUCGCCUACAAACAAGAAUAAUCCUACUAAUGAAAAUAAUAUUAAUACGACCACUAUUGAACAGACUAAUCGUGAGAUAAAUACGAACUUUUCAGUAGAUGAUCCAAUUCAUAGGCAAAUAGCCGUAUCUGAACAACCAAAAAUCAAUGUCACAUUACAAGACAUGUCUUAUGAUGGAAAAAGAGCAAAUAGAGAAAAAGAAAAAGGGGAAAAGGGACUGGAAGUCAAAGAAGGAAUAGAAGAAGAAGAAGAAGAAAAAGAGGAAGACACAACUACAUUACCUGCUCUUCAACCCGCUGUCAGUGUUACCAGUUCUAAACAGACAAACUCCUCCCCAACAUCCUUGCAACUGGAAAAUAACACCACCACUCUUACAACCACCUCUGACAAUAAUGGUACUCAUGUUGUGGAGACUGUUUGUGAAUUAGAUGGUGAUGAAUCUCAAGAAUUAAGUAAUUCGGAGUUACAUAUCCAAGAAAAUAACAUCACCACAUUUGUAGAUAAUAAUAACAACCUAUUAAAGAAUGACGCUCAUAACAAUAAUAGUAGCCAUGAAUCAUCUGCAGAUUCUGUAGAGAAUGGAGUUCCAGGUGUAUUACCACCACGUAAAUUGACCUUUGCAGAUGUUAAAAGACCUGAGAGACCUAAUGCACCAAUCCAAUUCACAGAUAGUGCUUUUGGGUUUCCAUUACCCAUGCUGACUGUAUCCACAGUGAUUAUGUUUGACCAUCGGCUUGGAAUCAAUGUGGAAAGAGCCAUUUAUAGAUUAAGUCAUUUGAAGUUAAGUGAUCCAAAGAGAGAGUUAAGACAACAAGUGUUGUUGAGUAAUUUUAUGUAUGCAUAUUUGAAUUUGGUUAAUCAUACAUUAUACAUGGAACAGGCUAAUGCAAACAAUAUUGGGAAUAUGCCGGGUGAUGGAUCACAAAUGAAUACAUAUGGGGAACAUAUAAAUCAACAAAGAAUGGUGGGAUCCAUUGAUGAAAAAUCAAACAUUGAGGCAAACACAAAUGCAAGUACAAGUGCAUAUGGAAAUUCGUAUACUACAGAACAUAAUGAAUCGAAUGAAAGUAUUAUAAUACCUGAUAUUUCCUAA